AUGUCCCUUUUCAAUUACGUGAAUUUUAUUGGGCAUAAGAACAGCCAUGAGAUGGUGGUUCCGAUCACUCUGUUCGUGGCGAUUUUGUGUAUAUGUUUAGUAAUUGGCUCUUUAUUCGAAGAAAAUCGAUGGGUUAACGAAUCCAUCACAGCCAUUAUCAUUGGUCUCAUAUCAGGGACAACAAUACUUCUGAUAAGCAAGGGGAAAAGUUCUCACAUACUUAGAUUUAAUGAAGAAGUGUUCUUCAUUUAUCUACUUCCACCGAUAAUAUUUAAUGCAGGAUACCAAGUUAAGAAGAAGCAGUUCUUCCAUAACUUCUUAACUAUUAUGUCGUUUGGAGUUAUUGGUGUUUUCAUAUCAUCAAGUAUUAUCGCAUCGGGCAGCUGGUGGAUAUUUCCCAAGCUUAAUUUCAAUGGAUUGACUAUUCGUGACUACCUUGGUAUUGGAGCAAUAUUUUCGGCGACGGAUACUGUUUGCACACUGCAGGUUCUUCAUCAAGACGAGACUCCGUUACUUUACAGCCUUGUCUUUGGGGAAGGAGUAGUGAAUGAUGCUACAUCAGUUGUUCUAUUCAAUGCAGUGCAGAAGAUUGAUGUCGCAAGAUUCAAUGGCUGGUCGGCUUUCCAUGUCUUUCUAGAUUUUCUGUACCUGUUCUCCACAAGCACUUGUCUCGGAGUUGUUGCUGGACUUAUAACAUCAUACAUUCUGAAGGGCUUAUAUUUCGGAAGACAUUCUACCGUUCGUGAAAUAUCUCUCAUGCUUCUGAUGGCAUAUCUGUCUUACAUGUUGGCUGAGCUUUGGAGCCUCAGUGGGAUUUUGACCGUCUUCUUUUCCGGAAUCUUGAUGUCUCACUAUGCAUGGCAUAAUGUGACUGAUAGUUCAAGAAUCACUACGAGGCAUGCAUUUGAAGCUAUGUCUUUCAUUGCUGAAACAUUCAUAUUUUUGUAUGUGGGGAUGGAUGCGCUGGACAUUGAAAAGUGGAAAAUGAGCCAACAGAGUCUUGCUGGUAGUGUUUGGACUUCAAUGGGAAUAUAUAUUACUGUGCUCGUGUUGAUGGCUAUUGGGCGUGCUGCUUUUGUGUUCCCUCUCUCUGUUCUUUCCAAUUUCAUGAAUCGAAAUGCUACAAGAACGCCGCCAAUAACGUUCAAACAUCAGAUAGUAAUUUGGUGGGCUGGUCUUAUGAGAGGGGCGGUUUCUAUAGCCCUAGCGUUCAAGCAGUUCACUUUCUCUGGUGUCACUAUUGAUCCAGUACAUGCCGUAAUGGUUACGACUACAGUAGUUGUUGUGCUCUUCAGUACUCUGGUUUUUGGCUUCUUGACAAAGCCACUUAUUCAUCAUCUGCUUCCGCAUAACGACAGUAGGAGAGGUAUAGACAGAGAAUCAUCUAUCUCAAAAGAGACACUUCCAUUGCUUUCGUUUGAUGAAUCUGCCACAACCAAUCUACUACGCGCGAAGGAUAGCUUGUCCAUGCUGCUUCAAAGACCUGUAUAUACAAUUCAUUCCUACUGGAGGAGGUUCGAUGAUACUUACAUGAGACCGGUAUUUUGUGCACCAGCCAUAAACGAGGAGUCUGUAUGGUUGGAGAUUUUAUACAUUUGCUCUGAUGAAUCAAAUCUUGUUGGAAUUAUGGCAUGUCUUGUUCCUUCGACUCUUCAAGAAAAUUAA